GUGCAGGAUAAAACCGGAAUGCCGCAACACACGAUUGUCGACAAAUUUACAGUUGAAACGUUGAGCUUAUGAUUUCUUUGUAAAAAUACUAUCUUUAUAAUUAUUUACACUAAAAGUGUCAAAUAACAAUUUCCUAUGCUAAAAUAUUGGAUUUCAAAUUUACUUUUGGUAUGCCAUGAGCAAACAAAACCUAUCUACACUCAGCGAUAUCCCUGAGGAGAAAACUACAUCAGUGUCAGCUGAUUCAUUGGAAAACACAAGUCAAGGAACAGCCGGGACAAACAAGCCGAAUAAUGGCCUGAAUUUGUCGCAGAACAGCAACGUUGAGUUUCCAAGUUUCAAUAACAUAUUGUCAUCAAGUCACUGCGAUGUAGCAUCAGUUAGCAAGUCUGCCACGCUCGUGGGCAGCCUCGAGACGCACCACCACCACCAUAAGGUGGCUGCCCUAUUCAUCAGCGAAGAAGCUCCAACAGCGCCCCACAAGCCACACGCGGUCCAGAGAUACCUCGAAAUAACUCAAGAUGAUGAGACGCGAAUAUAUAAGCAUAACUCAUCAGCAGAGGUCGCCGUUUCCAGUCCAAGGAGUAAAAACAAAGGCGUCCCCGAAAGUUCACCAGCGAACACGGUUAAGCAGGAGGCAAAGCGAGACCAAAGUAAGACCAAGGCAGAGAGGCAGUCCCGCAUUCCAGUGGCUGUGCGAAGUUUGCCAGUGAUCGCUAGAUUGCGUCAAAGCAUUGAGAAACAGACAGAAGGGACCAAAGAGCCAGAAAAAGACACUCCCAAAGUGAAAGAAAGUGAUAAGACACCACAAGUUGCUGCCAAAGCUCCAAAGGCGGUCGAAAGGUGCCGAUCACAUCACAUUAUCGACCGACCCGAAAAGGACUUCAUCCAGCUCAACAAACAGGGAGAGUUUCGCCGCGCCAAAACCUACCAUCACUUGCAUCUCGAGCGACGUCACAAGGAAAAUGCACCGGACAGUGUGACUACUGCGCCCUCCAACUCCGAGGUUGGGGCAGCCGCAGAGACCGCAGCCACACCGUCAGACGCUCCCUGCACCGGCGAGCGGCAGACAGCGGGCAGCGCGGCUGGCCCCGCCGGUCCUAUCCGCGACUCAGAGGUGUCAGGGCAGACCCCCGGUGCCAGGAGCUCGCCUCGCGUGUCAGAGCCGUGUUCCCCGCGUGCAGGCUCCGAGGGCAGUGGCGGCCGGCGCAGCAGUCGGAUCCCGGUCCGCGCGGGGCCGUCCACUUCACCGCGCCGCCGCCACCAGAGCCACGAGUCUCCGAGGGACCGCGUGUCGCGCCACGAGAGCCACGUGUCACGCCAUGAGAGCCACGUGUCACGCCGGGACUUCCACACGUUCGGCCGAGAGUUAGACGGGAGCCAGCUCGAGUUCCACGAGUCGCGCCUCAGCUACGGCAGCUCGGAGAGCGAGCUGCUGCUGGUGCCCAAGCUGCACCUGCAGACCUCGCAGCCGUCUCUCAUCGACGUCAACGACAACAGGCGACUGCUGUCAGAAGUGAGCGCACCCUCUCUCCUAGACCACCAGUUCCACAGACCCCGUCGCCGAAGCGACCUGAUCAUCCUCGACGACAACGUCUCGUCCUUGUCAUUGCAGCUGGCCGGACCGCGGAAGGUGUACACGCCCCCGGACCGGGUACCGAUGCCCCACCGGCACGUGCCGUACCAGCCCAACCUCAAACCGUACCCGCGACAGUACGUCAAACUGGGCAAACUCGGACCAGACCCGGCCGCCGUCAAAGCCAGGCGAGAGAAGAUGCAAAAGCAGCAGGAGUAUGCCGACCAAGUUGCCAAGAAGAAUCGCACGGUGGUGAAGCCGAAAUCACAACAGUAUUCCAAGCAACAGGACGACCAGAAAAAGUCAGCACACGACAAGAUGUUGAGCUACGCUAGGACUGUGCCGAAGCCAAAACAGAAACCAAAGCCAAGAGCAGGUGUAUCACCUAAUGCAUCACGCGAGGUGUCCCUCAUGACGAAGAUAAGGAAACUACUGGCGGAGAGUAACAUAGCCAGCAGUCCAAUUCCUUGCGAGACGCGAGGGACAAAAUCAAACGACGUGUCACCAGUCAGGUCAUCCGUGUCUUCACCUCCACAUCCAGCACCAGCAAACUCCAACGCUGAGGCAGUUACUUCAGCCAAGCCGCCGCCAGGAGGCAGGCCGGUGGCAGGGCGUCAGCCGGUAGUGAAUGUACCCGAACCAAGGCCACCGCCGAUGUCGCUACCCACAUUCGAGGCUCCAAAGACCUCUGCACUACCGCCAAAGGACAAUAGGCGCCGGCCGCGCCGUCCAGUGGGUCGCAAUGCGUCUGUUGGACAGGCACGAGUGGCCAACUCGCUGUCUAGACUGCGGACACUCACCGACCAGCUCGUGACGGGAACGGCAGCAGUGCCAGCUGUGGACGAGGCGCCUCGGCUGCUACGGCGAGACGACUCGUGCCCCACGUUGGGCGCCAGUUCCGACAUGGACAGCGAGUACUCGACAGACUCUCUGAUCGCCCCCAGCCGUCCUACAGUAGUGUCGAUGGGCAGGAAUUAUGGUUCCACGUCCCCGCGCGGCCGGGGCCUGUUCCCACCGACCCGAGGAGCGCCCGGCUGCCGGCGGCCCAUGAGUCGCUGCUCCAGGGGAGUCGGCCCGGAACGGCCCGGCGCCGCCACACAGCCCGUCGCUGAGGACUUCUUCUUCGACACGUGUGGGGGUCACGGCGAGUGCGCGUGCGGCGACCAGUCGUGCUCUCCGCCGCUGUCACCGCACCGCAGACCGGUGGUGACGCGCGGGACCCAGUCUGUCGCGGAGACCCCGCUCAACGAGACGUUCGUGGUGCACAAAAACCCGCUGGUGGUGGACAUUGGGAUGCCGGUGGGCGCCGGCCGGACACGGCGCUCCUCUCCACGGCGCCGGCUGGGUGGCCUCUCGCCCGACUCAUUGGCCGGCUCUCCGCCCCAGGACUGGAGGAUGGGCCGGCCUGAUGAGGUACCCUCUCACGCGUCCGUAUUGCAGAUGAUGCGAGAAAGGCAUCUCAGGGAUAAAAGGCGAGUAGAUGCGAUCAUUUCCGGCUCAAUCACUCGCAUGUAAAUCUGAGUGUUAUGUCCUAGUACCCCACGUAUCCAUGUCAAUGACCACUUACGAUGCAAUGGUAUAAUGCGGAAACUUACAAGCUUCAGCGCCAUCGCAAUGUGAUGUUCAGUUAGUGAAAUGGUGAUCAGUUAAAUAUACGUUGAGGCAGAGCCCA